GGAUGGCAGAGCUAAUGGGAGUAUCUAACGGGACAUGCGGACGGGCUGCUUUCUUCUAAUAUUUCAAGUACUGCAGUUUGUUUCGGUGUGAGGCCUCGCCAUGCCGCUGGUGAAGAGGAACAUCGAGCCCCGUCACCUCUGCCGAGGGGAGCUCCCCGAGGGUAUUGGCAGCGAGCUGGAGUGCGUGAUGAACAACACGCUGUCUGCCAUCAUCCGCCAGCUCAGCAGCCUAAGUAAACAUGCAGAGGACAUAUUUGGGGAGCUGUUUAACGAGGCCAAUACUUUCUAUAUGCGUGCCAACUCUCUGCAGGACCGCAUUGACCGGCUGGCCGUCAAGGUCACACAGCUGGACUCCACGGUGGAGGAAGUUUCCCUGCAAGACAUUAACAUGAGGAAAGCCUUCAAGAGCUCUACCACCCAGGACCAGCAGGUGGUGUCCAAGAGCAGCGUGCCCAAUCCUGUCAAAGAGAUGUACAACGUGAGCGACAAGCCUCCACCCCUCAGCAUCCUCUCUUCCUACAGGGAUGACCACAAGGAAGCACUUAAGUUCUACACUGACCCAUCCUACUUCUUUGACCUGUGGAAGGAAACGAUGCUGCAGGACACAGAGGACAAGAGGAAAGAGAAGAGGAAGCAGAAGAGGCGUUGUGUGGACGGGACGUUACAGAGGGAGGUGAAGAAGGUCAGAAAGGCGAGGAACCGUCGGCAGGAGUGGAAUAUGAUGGCUCUGGAUAAAGAGCUCAGGCCGGACCACCGACACACCAUACACAGAGACAGAGGUGCUUCUUCUGAGGGCUCAAUGUCACCAGAUAACAGGGGCCAUGGUCCUGAUAUGCACCAUUACCCCAACGCCAUGAACCACCAUGGCCACGCCCACACCUACUCCGGCCCUCCACCCAGCGUCUUGGCUGCCCAGAUGGCUGCAGGGCACACCCCUCGUGGAGGAAGUGACCAGGAUAAUAGGGGCAGGGCCAUGGCCUAUCAGGGUGGGACGCUUGGUCGUGGUCACCACCACCAAGUCCCACUGCCUCCUCCACCCACUGAGGCUAUGAACGGUGGCUCUAUGUCCCUCCCACCAGUGGACUACAGCAUGGAUGGCUAUGCCAACACCGGUCCUCCUCCCCCUCCCCCAGCCCCUCUCAUCCCUUCUGCCCAAACUGCCUUCGCCUCACCUCCUGGAGGUCCAGUGCCUCUUGGGCUCAUGGUUAGUAUUGGGGGGUAUGCUCCACCUCCGCCACCUGUAUCUGGAGCCCAGGCUGCCCCACCUCCUCCUGGUCCUCCGCCUCCUCCCAUUCCAGCUGGUGCCUCCCACUUCACUUCCCACAAGAUGUCCUCCUCUGCACCUGCUGAGACCACAGUGGUCAACGAUGCCCGCAGUGAUCUGCUAGCUGCCAUACGUAUGGGCAUCCAGCUGAAGAAGGUGCAGGAGCAGCAGGAGCAGCAGGCAAAGAGGGAGCCGGUCGGAAACGAUGUGGCCACCAUCCUGUCGCGCCGCAUCGCUGUGGAAUACUCAGACUCCGAGGACGACUCCGAGUUGGAGGACAACGAUUGGUCCGAUUAACACACACACACACAUUCACAUAACAAGCAAGAUAACCACUAAUGAUAAACACACAGUCAAUCUCGCACUCACUUGAAAGAAUGCCCACUGUACCACAUUCACGGGUCGUCGCACAUGUUGAGAACACACACACACACACACACUAACACCUACACACAAUCACAUGCUGUAGGUUCAUAUAAGCUGAAUGGUCCAAAAACUGGAAACCUAAAGGGGUGUAUUCAAGAUGCAUAAACACUGUAAAGAGACGAGUAAUAUACUGUAAUGCUGACCACUCUCUGAAAACUUCAGUUUGACGUUUAUAUCUCAAAGCACUGUGAAUACACCCCAGUGGAUGCUUCUCUACCUGUUAUAACACUAUAGACACCCUGUGAAGGUGCUUAUUUCAUGUAUAGUUCAGGCUUAAGAGCGUUAGAACAAAAACUAGAAACUUUCCUCUUGAGCUAACCGAUGUACUUGUCUGUUUUUUUUAAAUGUUUUUACUGAAACACUUGCUUAUGCCAGAGACGAUGAUGACGCAAGUUUUUAACAUGUAGACAACAAUAACUGGAAAUAACGGAGGAGCUUAGCGGCAUGUAACGGGUUCAAGCCACUGAAAUGAAACGCUGUGGAUGGAUGUGUAAAAAGUCUUAUUGAUCAUAAAUAUCAUAACUGAUUGAGCCAUCUGCAUUUGCAAUCGCUCACUGCUGUGUG